UCUAUUAAAUGUGCAGCCUCUCCAUCAAGGAUUUAUUUUUGAAACUUAUAGAUUGCAAUUUCAUUCUCAGCACAGCUAGUCCAGAUCUGACAUUUUGCGGUGGAUGAGAUCAUGUCAUGUCUGGAGCAGGGAGCCCAGCUUUGUGCGGGCGGACCACGCCCCGGCCCCGGCGUGCGGUUCUGUGCGGUGUUGUGCGGUGGUGCACCACCAGGCUAGCUUAGCACACAGCCGCUACAUCCGGGCGCUCUGCUCGGUGUACAAACCCUGCGAAGAUGGCGACUUCAGGGAGGAGUGCGUUAUUAUCCUCCACCUCAGCUGGACCGAAGAACACACUGGAGAGCACCAACACAGAGGACGAGGACGGACAGGACUUAUGGUCUACCAUCCUGAGUGAAGUGUCAACCCAUUCAAGAUCGAAGCUACCGUCGGGGAAAAAUGUCCUGGUCAUGGGUGAGGUGGGUUCAGGGAAAACCACCAUGGUUGCAAAACUUCAGGGUAUUGAAGAAUACAUGAAAGGGCGCGGGCUGGAAUACCUCUACUUCAAUGUCCAUGACGAUGACAUUGAUGACCACACUAGGUGUAAUGCCUGGGUGUUAGACGGCGACCUUUACCACAAAGGUCUGCAAGGAGUAGCCGUUCCAGUGGACUCAAUCAGCGACACGUUGCUGCUGAUAACGGUUGACAUGUCACGGCCUUGGAAUGCCCUGGACUCUCUCCAGAAGUGGGCUGCUGUCGCUAGGGAACACAUCGACAAACUUCGGGUCACCCCGGAAACGCUGCGGGAGCUGGAGCACAGGCUUGUAAAACAGUUCCAGGAGUACACAGAGCCAGGUGGGGAGGACGGCACUCCACAGAGGAGGGGAGAAGAUGAGGAGAGUGUGCUGCUGCCGUUAGGAGACAACACACUAACGCAUAACCUGGGAAUACCAGUGGUGGUGGUCUGCACCAAGUGCGACGCCAUCAGCACGUUGGAGAAGGAGCACGACUACAGAGACGAACACUUGGACUUCAUCCAGUCCCACAUCAGGCGCUUCUGUUUGCAGUAUGGUGCGUCUCUGGUUUACACAUCAGUGAAGGAGAUGAAAAACCUGGACAUCCUGUACAAAUAUUUGGUCCACAGACUCUAUGGCUUUCCAUUUCACUGCCCGGCACAAGUGGUGGAAAGAGAUGCCGUCUUCAUUCCAUCAGGCUGGGACAACGAGAAGAAGAUCGCCAUACUUCAUGAGAACUUCCAGUCAGUAAAGGCUGAGGACAGCUUUGAGGACGUAGUAGUCAAACCACCAGUCAGAAAGAUUGUACAUGAAAAGGAGAUUCAGGCAGAAGACGACCAAGUGUUUCUGGUAAAACUGCAGUCGCUGCUCGCCAAACAGCCCGCUGUGACAGCAGGGCGGCCAGUGGACACCACCAGCAGAGCACCCACUGGAUCCCCCAGGACGAGUAAUCGCUCUGCAGCGGCUAACGUAGCUAAUGCUAUGCCACAGUCAGGUCAGACUAGUGAGGGCGUAUUGGCCAACUUCUUUAACAGUCUACUGACAAAGAAAGCAGGGACAGGGGGGCCCGGGACGCCAGGCGGCGGUAACAACACUCCAGGAACAGUACGCAAGUCGGGUUCCAAGCUGGGCCUGGGCGACGUACAGGCGGAGCUAGACCGCAUCUCCAGUCGGGAGAGUGACUCAGACUUGCCCAAUGCCAACGAGACCCCUGCCACCGAUGGCCAGGACACAUGAAGACCAACACACUUCACCCUGCCCUCCUUCUCUCCCCUCCUCCAUUCUCCCCGCCUUCCUCCUCAGUCAUAUUCCACCUCCCUCACUUGUCCUCCCUCCCUCCACUCCAUCACCAAGAUGCAGGGAGAAAGAGGGAUGUCAGGGGGAAAAAGGAAGGGUGGAAAAACAAAUUCACCUCCCUGUCAUCGUUCACUUUGAGAAGAACCCACCCUCUCCUCCCCCUUUCUCCUACUCCCUUUGCUUCUUUCUCUCUCUCUUCUCUUCCUGGCUGUUACGCUGAGGGCCAGUAUUUGUCACUGUUACAUACAGACUGUCUGUUACAUGAGAGGAAGCGGGUGUGGGGGACCAAAGGGUGGAAUAGAGAUGGGGGGUGGGGGGGUGAGAGGCAGGGUUGAAGAAUAGUGGUUGCAAGAAUGAAGUGUGGGUGUUUUAUCCAUCCAUUUCUUGUGAUGGUGCAGUUAGUGUUUUUACUGUAGGAACAGCUGAAGGGCGCAUGUGGAAGAAUCUGUACUUAGGUACUUAAGGGAUGAUUGUGUGUUUCAUGUAUGUGGGGCAAGUCACGCUUGGCCGGAGGAAGAGAUUGAGAACAAAAAAAUGCCUGAAACAAAAUUGCGAACAGUCUUGUUUUUUUUUUAAAUGAAGGGAAAAACAUACCAGUAUUUGUGUGUGUGCAUGUGUGAGUGCGCGUGUGUGCGUAUGUAUGAGAGUGGAGAAUAUGAAGUUACUUCAACCUAGACCUGUAUGUUAAGAGAUUUUUGGCUGUUUGCAUUUCAACCAAAAGGCAAAAACAUUACUAUGCUCUUACACUACAAGCUCUUAAAAUGGUGCAAACACUAUUACUGCAGCAGCACUGUCUGCUAGACUACACAAACCAAACAUGACGAGAAAAAUAUUUGACACUAGAUAACUAGUCCAGUGUAGAAGACACUUACGGUCCAUCUUUACUCUCAGUUCUACAAUUGGCCAAUCCUCUCCUUGUGGUACAUACUGCUCCGACCUGUAGAUAACAGACAGUGCACUGAAAAAGGUAGGGGGGUAGAGGGUGGGUAGGUGGGUAGCUGAGCUUUACUUGUACAGAAAGAAGCACUAGUGAUUCAGUUGAAUAGUUAACUGCGGGUAGGGUGGUGGGCGGGUGAUGGGAUCAGAUCAAGGGAGGGUCACACCAAGAAUGUACAGUCAUUGUCUCGCUGAUUGGUCCUGUUAUUUCAGAGCUCUGUGUUGGCGUUUGUAUAAUCAGAUCUGUUAAUCAGUCAAAUAAAAGGUGUAUUUAUUCGGAUUCAUC